AUGACACUAAAGCUAGACGCGGCGGGCGUUCUGGGUCCGGACGGCAAGUCAUACAGCUUUGACCACCGGGCCAACGGGUACUCCCGCGGCGAAGGGUUCGGGGCCCUGGUCUUAAAGCGGGUAUCGGAUGCCAUUCGGGACGGGGACGUCAUCCGCGCCGUCAUCCGGAACUCUUCCACGAACCAGGACGGCCGAUCGCCCGGCAUCACGCAGCCGACGAAAAGGGGCCAGGUCGCGCUCAUCAAGCACGUCUACGAGCGGGCCAACUUGGACCCUUCGCUCACGCGGUUCGCCGAGGCCCAUGGCACGGGUACACCCGUGGGCGAUCCCAUUGAGGCGAGUGCCCUUGCUGAGAUCUUUGCGCCUCAUCGCUCUGCGGAUGAGCCACUAUACGUGGGUGCGUUGAAGAGCAAUGUUGGACACUUGGAGGGCGCGGCGGGAGUCGCGGCCGUGAUCAAGGGUGUCUUGACGCUAGAGAGCGGCGUUAUUCCCGGGAACAUUUGGUUCGAGAAGCGCAACCCAAAGAUUCUGGACGCGUGGAAUUUGAGGUUUCCCACAAAACCAACAGCUUGGCCGCAGCGUGGCCUGCGUCGCAUGUCCGUGAACUCGUUUGGUGUCGGUGGCAGCAAUGCCCACGUGGUGAUGGAUGAUGCGCUCCAUUUCCUCAAGAGCUUCCGCCUGGUUGGGCACCAUCGUACGGAGACGAUCCCUAAGAUCCCAAGACAACUAGACGCACCUUUAGUGAAUGGGACGGAAAAGUCUCUCGAGGGAAACGCGGCUACUCCCAUACGAGCAAAGACCAAUCCGCGGCUCGCGUUUGUCUUUACUGGCCAAGGAGCGCAAUGGGCGACGAUGGGCAUGGACCUGCUGGCGUACCGGGCCUUUCAAGAGAGUCUUCUGGCGGCUGAUCGGUAUCUCAAUGAUCUCGGCUUCGAAUUAUCAAAGUCAAAGACUUCCUCUCGAAUCAACGACCCCGAAUUUUGCCAACCCAUAUGCACUGCUCUACAGGUUGCCAUGGUUGACCUCCUCUCCACUUGGGACGUCUACCCACAUGCCAUCACUGGACACUCAUCCGGUGAAGUAGCCGCAGCCUACGCCGCUGGCGCAAUCUCACGACAAGCAGCCUGGAAAAUCGCCUACUUUCGCGGAAAGCUGAGCGCUAAGCUCGCGCGCUCAGCUUCUCGGCCGAGUACCGGCAUGGCUGCUGUCGGCCUGAGCAAAGCCGCCACGCAGGACGCCAUCGAUCGCGUGAACCAGCAACUUGGCGGCGAAGGUACCCUAGAAAUCGCUUGCAUGAACAGCGUGGACAGUCAUACCGUCAGCGGUGAUGCAGAAAAGAUUGACGCGCUGGUUCAGCUACUCAGCGCCGAAAAAGUGUUUGCUCGGAAGCUUAACGUCGAGAUUGCGUACCAUUCGCAAUACAUGAGAGCCAUGGCUGAUGAGUAUCUUGUGGCCAUGGGAGAGCUUCAGCAGGGUACUUUGAGAAGCUCUGUGAGACCUCGGUUCUACUCUUCGACGAUGGGAGUGCCUAUACUGCCCUCCCAGCUUCGACGGCCGGAGUACUGGGUCAAGAACUUGGUGUCACCUGUCCGGUUUACGGAGUCGGUCACAGAGAUGCUCAAGGGCUCUGAAUUACCCAAGAUCAACGGACAUGUUGACGGACAUAUCAAUGGCCUCGUCAACGGAAAUGUCAACGGCCACAUCAAUGAUGUUGUGAACGGUGGGUGUGAUGAAGAACUCCCAUUCGAACCAAUCACCGACUUUUUGGAAAUUGGCCCUCACAGCGCCCUCAAGGGACCGCUGUUCAGCACUGUCAAACAGGUUCGCGGCAAUGCCAAGGUCGACUACCACUCCCUUCUUGUCCGACAAAAGCCGGGUAUCGAGACUGCACUGGAAUCUGUCGGAACUCUCUUUUGCCACGGAUACAAUGUCAACUUGGCGCAGGUCAACGACGCAGACGAGCCUCAUGGGCCAAAGCCACUCAUGCUUACCAACCUCCCCUCUUACCCCUUUGACCACUCGAAAGAGUACUGGGUACAGAGCACGUUGAGCAACGACUUCCGUAAGAGACCUGUGGGCCGGCACGAGCUGCUUGGAGCUCCCAUGGCGGGUUUCAAUGAGAAUAACGCGGUGUGGCGCAAUUACAUCCGACUUUCAGAGAAUCCUUGGAUCGAAGAUCACAAGGUCUCUGGGGAUGUCUUGUAUCCUGCGGCUGGUAUGCUCGUCAUGGCUAUCGAGGCGAGCCGGCAGAUCGCCGAUAAGAGCAAGGUUUUGAAGGGGUUCAGACUGAGAGAUGUGUCAUUCAAGCUGGCUCUUCGAGUCCCCGAUGAUGCCAGUGGUAUCGAAUCUCAAUUUUACCUCCGUCAGCACCGGGAGAAUAGCCACUCCGCUGUUUCGACAUGGCGAGAGUUCCAGCUCUGGACCCUGCAAGAUGGCGCAUGGAGAGAGCACUGCCACGGUUUCGUGCAGACUGAGUACGAGUCAGAUGAUCGACUCGCACUCCGGGGAUCUGAAGAGAGCAUCCAUGAUGGUUGCGCGACGGAGGUUUCUGUCGAUAAGUUGUAUCGCAGCUUCGCGGAUUCUGGGUUGAACUUUGGCCCAACCUUCCAGACUUUGAGCGACAUCCGUCUCGGACGAGACCUGAACAUGGUAGCAACGCUCCAUUCUCCAGUGGACAAGAUCGAGAAGUCAAUGCCACACCAGUAUGUCCAGCCGCAUUUGGUGCAUCCGGUUACCCUCGACGGCCUUGUGCAUGCCAACCUCGUCGCUCUGGUCUCGAGCUCCAAGUACGCCGGGGCGACUAGAGUGCCUACGUACCUAGCUGAUGGCUGGAUCUCGGCGCAAUCGAGCCUUCCCCAUAACUCCUACAGUGUGUCUGCUGAGUCUCGGGUCAAAGGGCGCAGCGAGGUCGUCUCGGACGUGAGGGCUACACAUCUGGAGCAAGGUGACGAGAUGGUUCAAAUGUCUGGCAUUGUCUUCAAGACCAUCUCGAGUGGUUCGACAAAGGAAAACUCUCAAGCGGUGGUUCAUCCGGCUUUUAACGUAUCCUGGAAGCCUGAUCCGAGUUUUCUGACGAAGCAACAGGCUUCACAACUAUUCCAGCUGCCGCUGACACAUGAGGAUGACCCAUCUACCUGGAUGCUCGACUGCGAGGCGCUAUGCCUGGCUUACAUGCGCCAUUGCACAGAAUCUCUUUCCCAAGAGUCCGUUGGCAAGAUGACCUGGUACCAUCAGCGAUAUGUCAAAUGGUUUCAACACGUUGUCCGCCAGCACUCUGACGGUCCCGCAAGUGAGAGUAUCGAGGAACUCGAAGCCAAGGUCUUGGCCGGCAACGCGUCGGAGGGAAAGCUCAUCAUCGCGGUCGGCCAGGCCCUCUCGGGUAUCCUCACCGGCGAUCGCGAUCCCUUGGACGUCAUCUUCAAGGAUAAGCUGGCAGAGGACGUCUACAGCAACGGUCUUGGUUCCAAGAGGUGCUACGCUCAGCUCUGUAGCUACCUCGACAUCAUGGCGCACAAAAUUCCCAACAUGGAAAUCCUCGAGAUCGGCGCGGGCACAGGGGGCGCCACGCGUCCUGCUAUGGCGACGUUGACACGAGACAGCGGCCGUCGGUAUGGGCACUACGACUUCACCGACAUCUCGCCGUCGUUCUUUGAACAAGCGAAGGAAAACUUUAAGGAUGAGGUCGGACGCAUGGGAUUCCGCGUGCUCAAUGUCGAGAAUGAUCCCCUCAGCCAAGGCUUCGAAGCUGGCAAGUACGACCUCAUCAUCGCGGCGAACGUCUUGCACGCUACGAAGAAGAUUGACGACACGCUCGUCAACGCUAGAAAGUUGCUCAAGCCUGGCGGAAAGCUUCUUCUCUUUGAGAUCACCAACACUGAGAUCCUGCUGGGAAGCUUCUGCUUCGGUACGCUUCAUGGGUGGUGGCUUUCCGAGGACAAGGACCGCAUCUGGGGCCCGUUGAUGUCACCCAACUCAUGGGAUACUCAUCUUCGAACUUCGGGUUUCAGUGGACUUGAUGCUGUCUUUGACGAUUUCGCUUCAUCGCCGCAUCAGAUGAGCUCGAUCCUGGUGUCUAGUAACCCUCAAUCGGAGACAGUAGCAUGCUCGCCUUCAUCGUACUACAUUCUGACCAGCGAGUCGCCCACUCAGAACGUGCUGGCAGCAAAGGUCGUGCAGUCUAUCGGUCGAGGUGAUUGCGAAAUCGAAACUCUCACGUCCUUGGCUGAUAAGAGUCUGGCUAACGCAACGUGUGUGGUACUCUCUGAGCUGGAUCAUCCAGCUUUGAAGGACAUGAACGAGGGGACCUUCAACGGCUUCAAGCGCGUACUCACCAAGUGCAAAAACAUUCUUUGGGCGACUCGUGGCGGUACAUCCACUGCGCCCGACCCGGAUUCCGAGCUGGUGACCGGUCUGGCUAGAGUGGUUCGCUCUGAGAGACCAGACGUCAACUUCCUCACUCUCUCUUUCGAAUAUGACGCCAACGAGGAACUCAUUGCCGCCAAGUGCGCUCAAGUUCUUGGUGCAGCACGAAAUAGCGUCGAGAACUCAUUCAGGGUGAUUGACGAUGUGGUUCACGUGUCUCGCCUCGUUCAGGCAGAUUACAUGACCGGCCACAUUCAAAACCAAACUGGUGUGGUGAGCGUCGAGAACAAGCUUCUGAAAGAUGAAGCCUCUCGGUCACUGUGCCUUCAAGUCGGAGACGUCGGCCAACUUGACUCACUUCGCUUCGAGGAAGACACCCUGGCUGAGGCAUCACUGGGAGAUCACGAUGUCGAGUGCAAGACUAUGGCUUGUGGAGUGAGCAUCAGUGACGUCUCUUCAGUCCUCGGGAAGGCUGAAGAGUCACCCCUGGGUCUAGAGGCUUCUGGCAUAGUCACAAAGUCUGGGCCCGCGUCUAGGUUCCAAGUUGGGGACAGGGUCUUUGGACUCGCGGUAUCGGGCACCAUGAAGACUCAUGUUCGAUCUACGGACGGCUUGCUCGCGAAGUUGCCAGAUGGAGUGUCUUUCACUGAUGGCGCGGUCCUGUCCGUUGACUACACGACGGCCUACGCUGUCCUCUGCGAGGUCGGCUCCAUUCGUGAGGGCGACUCUGUCAUGGUGCACGGCGGAUGUUCCAGCAUCGGAAAGGCAUUCGUGCAGGUCGCCCAGCUUCAAGGAGCUGAGGUGUACACAACUGUGACGAAUCAGUCAGAGCGAGAUGAACUGGUCAAGGAUUACGGUAUCCCAGAAGACCACGUCUUCAGCAGUCGUGACUUAUCAAUGCGAUCGGCCAAGCAGAAGCUGGUUAAGGGGCGUGGCAUCAAUAUUCUCGUCACGGCGACCGAUGAGCUCGACGAAGGCGUAAUCGACUGCAUUGCACCAUUCGGGCGCAUCGUAUACAUCGGCUCGGGCGCCGCUAUCUCCAACACACGUGUCCCGCGAGGCCGCAACAUCCGUCUCGAGUCCUUCGAUCUUGUAUCUUGCCUCGCAUUCGAUGUCAUUCGCACCGAGACCAUGUUCCAGCACAUGGUCGACACCGUUUUUGCCAACUGGAAGAAUAUCAGCCGCCCCUCGCCUACCGCGAUCUAUAGCUUCUCCCAGGUCGGCGACGCGUUCCGCAGGAUGCAGUCUGAAGAUCAAGAUAACGCCAAGAUUGUGCUUGAGCCUCGCGACGACGACAUGAUACCCGUCGUGCCGAGCCGGAAGUCUCUCAGCAACUUUGAUCCUGAGGCGUCGUACGUGAUUGCUGGUGGUCUCGGCGGACUUGGGAGGCCCGUCGCGCGAUGGAUGGCCUCUCGGGGGGCAAAGAACCUUAUCCUCCUUUCGAGACGUGGUCCAGUGGAGAACGCUGCGGUUGAGCUGAUUGCUGAGCUUACGGUUAUGUGCGAUAAUGUGGUCACUCCGGCCUGUGAUGUGACGGAUGCCGGUGCCCUGCAAACGGUGAUAGACGAGCUUGCUGCGACUCUUCCUCCUAUCAAGGGAUGCAUCCAAGGCUCCAUGGUGCUUCAAGACAAUCUGCUCGAGAACAUGUCGCUCGACAAUUGGAAGGCAGCCGUGCAGCCUAAGGUGCACGCAUCCUGGAACCUGUACAACGCCCUCGGCGACAAGAUGGACUUCUUCGUCUUCCUCUCAUCCACCGUGGGAGUGACAGGAAGCCCCGAGCAAGCCAACUACGCAGCAGGAGGAACAUUCCAAGACGCCUUUGCGCACCAUCUCGUCUCCAAGGGCGUCAAUGCCGUCUCGAUAGACCUCCCAAUUAUCCGUGGCGUGGGUUACGUGGCAGAGAAGCCAGAGCUCUGGGACUACCUCUCAUCUGCAGGAUGGACUCACAUCACGGCGGACGAGCUCUAUGCCGUGCUGGAUUAUCAUUGCCGACCGGCCAGCGCUAGCAGUUCCCAGGAACCGACGAGAGCGCAAGUUAUCCCUCGCCUCUGGCUGCCGCAGGAGACGGCUGCGGAGGGAUACCAGACGCAGACGUGGGGAGAGGAUCCCCUGUUUAGCCACCUGCGACUGAUAGAGACGGACGAUGCAGAUAAAGGAGACGACGCGAACAAGGGCAUUAAUCACAAAGCGCACCUACAAUGCGCGUCUUCACUGGAAGAAGCUGAAAAGAUUGUGCUGAACGUUCUCCUUCUCAAGAUUGCGCGGAUGCUCAGCAUCGACGCGCUCAACCUCGAGACAUCCAAACCGCUUCACGCGUACGGUAUUGACUCCCUGACGGCGGUUGAGCUCCGGUCAUGGCUGAUGAAGGAGCUUGGGGCCGAGGUCUCUGUUUUUGACAUUACGAAUAAUUCGAGCAUCGCGCAGCUGGCGGUGCUCGCUGCGAAGAAGAGCAGUCUCAGGCAGCAAUUUGCUGAUUAG